AACGCGUAACAUGGCAACCCCUGACAUUCGUUAUGACAACCCAGUGUUUCAUUUUCAUGCAAAAACUAUUUCUGAGAAGCACAGACUGCCAGGAAAAUUACGCCAGAUAGUUGAUCAAAUUGCCGGGGCUCAAAACAACCGAGAGCACAUCCCAGUUGUACGCGCAAUUUUCCCGGAAAAGCCUCUAAUGAAGACCCAUGGAAAAUACGGAGUGACGGCCACGGCGGCUGCUCAGGUUCUUUGCGAGGAUGUGAGGAAUUUCACCACACGUCGCCGCAAUAUUCUCCACCUAAUGCACCGAUAUCUGGUGGAGAAUGGAUACUAUGCGAGCGCCGAGUCCUUGAAAGCCGAAGGACUUCUUUCCGACGAGUACGAACUGUGCGACAAUAUCGAUCUGGAUGCCAUGUACCUGGAGUAUGCCACCUAUUACAACAUGAAAUUUGGUAAAUACCCGAAAAUCCUUAAAAGAGUGGGAGCCAAAAUUAAGGUGGAAGUGGGUGGAAAGGCGCAGGAAAAGCCGGCGGCCAAGGAGUUGCCCAAGAAACCACCGACCACGGACGCUUCUCUGGCCAAUUGGCACAUAGGUGUCGGCGCAGCCACACAGGCCCUGAGUAACGAGCAGCCGUUGCAGAUAAAGAAAAUGGAAACUGCAACGGAAUCGAAUGGCCAGGACAAUGCUUGUGAAAUCGAACAUGGUCAUUUGGGAGGUGAUGAUGUUCUGUUCUCCUCCCUGGAAUGGCAAUCCCUGGCGGAACUGGUCAAGACUUCCAUAUUGCAGGAGAAUAUAAAGAUCAAGUGGUCGGAUGUCUGCGGUAAUCAGCGAGCAAUUGAGUUAAUCAAGGAGGCGGUACUAACGCCCAUUGAGUUUCCCCAAUUAUUCGCACAUGGCCUGAAACCCUGGAGAUCCUUGCUCCUGCAUGGACCACCGGGCAGCGGAAAGACCCUUCUCGCCAAGGCUUUGUAUUCCGAGACACAGGGUCAAGUGACCUUCUUCAAUAUAACUGCCAGCAUAAUGGUCAGCAAGUGGCGCGGAGAAUCCGAGAAGAUCCUGCGAGUUCUCUUCCACAUGGCAGCAAAACGAGCACCAUCCGUCAUUUUCUUCGAUGAAAUCGAGAGCUUGACCUCGAAAAGGGACAGGGCCACGGAUCACGAGAGUUCCAAGCGCUUCAAGAACGAACUUUUGCAGCUUUUGGACGGCAUGGAGCACUCAUUGAACGGCGUUUUCGUCUUGGCCAGCACCAACUUGCCCUGGGACAUUGAUGAGGCCUUCCUGCGGCGCUUCGAGAAGAAACUGCUGGUCCAGCUGCCCAAUGCGGCGGAGAGAAGCAGCUUGAUUAACCGACUUUUGGGCAGCAGCAUAUCGCUGAAUCCACGACUCCUCGAGCGGCUGGUGGAGAUCUCCGACCAGUUCACCGGCGACGAAAUACGUCUGGCUUGCAAGGAGAUCAGCAUGCACCGGGUGCGUUGUGCCACCAAGAUUGGAGAUCGACCAACCGGCUUGCUUGCUAAGGAAUCGCCGGCAGCCAUCGAGGCCAAUGUGGAGAAGGCCUUCCGGCAAGUGCGGCCUUUGGGCCAGAAGCUGCUGGCCAAGCACGAGCAGUGGCAGCAGGAAAACGGCUCCUAGGCUGGACUAUCGGAAUACUGAUAUAUUUUUAAAAGCAACUAAAUAAAUAUAUUGUGUACGUUUUUUUUUUAGU